AUGAGUAGUGAUUCACAAAAUUGCUCAAGUCAGCUAGCAGUUGACAAAACUUGUAGAUUUUGUAAUCAGAGCGUGAAGAAUGCUGUCUUUUGUCCAGGAUGUUCUGCACCUUAUCACCCAGGGUGUGCUAUUCGAUCUGGAACCUUAUCAGAUGGUUCUAGUAAAUACAUAAAGUGCUGUGGCUCUAGUUCUCGUCCUAAUUCUCCAACACCGAGUGUAGGAAUAACCUUGGACGAUGUUAGUAAAAUUAUUAAUAGUGCUGUUAAUUCGCUACAAGUUAAAAUGUCAAAGGACAACCAACAAGUUUUGAGUUCUGUUCAGAGCAUUGAGGCAAAAUUUGACAAUAUUAUGGAUAGAAUCACGGCUAACGAGGAAACAAUUGAAAAGGUCACGGAUAGACUAGAUGUCGUCGAAGGACCAAACGAGACCAAGACUUUUGAAAAUUCAUUGCGAGAAUCCGUCAAUUGCUCAAAUUCUCAUGCAAGACCUUUUGAAAGCAAUAAAAAACAAAGCGAAGAUGACAAAGUUGAAAAUCACAGACCUUUGGAUAACAACCGACAAAACAAAGGAACAGUUAAUUCAAUUCAAAGAUGUGAAAAAGGAAUUGCAAGAUCGACGACUAGCAGGGGAGGAGAAUAUCAGGAUGGUAAUCAGAAACAAUAUUCCUCUAAUUGUACAGAAUCCACUGAAAAAGUAAGGCGUGAGCGGUCCGCAUGUUUCGAAAAGCAACUAAGUAAUGAUGUUCACUGUAAUCUCCCACCAAGCGGCCAAACUGAGUCAUCAGUCACAAGAGUGUUUGAAGUAUAUUUCCAAAAUGUGAGAGGCCUGCGCACGAAGCUUCACGAUUUACGAAGAGUAUUACCUUCCAGUUCAGCUCAUAUGUUUGUGUUUACGGAAACUUGGCUACAUGCCGGGAUAAGUACGUCUGAGUUAGGCUUUGAUAAUUUUUCAACGUUCAGGUGUGACAGAAAUGUUGCCACUAGUGUAAGUCAGCGAGGUGGAGGAGUUUUAUUAUCUGUUAAUAAUAACUUCCCUAGUAUAUUAAUUCCCAAUUCAAAUAAUUCUAUAGAAAUGAUUUUUGUUCGUGUAAAUAUUUUUGGUUCUUGGCACAUUUUUGGUGUGGUAUAUUUGCCUCCAAAUUCUGAUAUUACUAUUUAUGCAAAUUUUUAUCGUUCAUUGGAGGAGAUAUUUUUUACUUAUCCAAAUGUGCCUAUUCAUAUAUUGGGUGAUUUCAAUAUGCCUUAUAUCGAAUGGGAUAUUUCUUUUCAGAAUGAACUUCGUUGUAAGCCUAAACAGGGGUCUUUAACCUCUCAAAUAACCAUUACUGAGAAAACAUUAGACACUCUGCAACUUUUAAAUUUAACACAAUUAAAUAUUUUUGCUAAUGAAUAUAACUCCAUAUUGGACCUUAUUUUAUCUAAUUAUGAUAAUAGUACGAUACAAUUAGCUUUUGAUUCUCUUCUUCCUACUGACAAAUAUCAUCCUCCAUUAAUUUAUGAUAUUAAACUUGAUAAAAAAGUACCUGUACAAUUUAAUGAAUACACAUCUUAUAAUUUUGGCAAGGCAGAUUUCCAAUCUAUUAAUAAUUAUUUGUCUACUAUUGAAUGGGAACAAUUAUUCGGCGAAAAAUUGGCAAUAUUGAAUUCAGAUAUAAAUGUUUAUGAUUCUAAUACAAAUUUAAGCACAUUAAUUGAUGAUAUGAUUAAUAUUUUAUAUAUGCAUAUUUAUACUUCUUUUGAAUUGUUUAUUCCCCUUUCCUACCAUAAAAGCACAACAUAUCCUCCGUGGUUUAAUAAUGAAUUGAAAAAUUUGGUUAAGGAAAAGAAAAUUGCACAUGCUAUGUAUAAACGAACUAGAGAAUUAUCACACUAUGAACAAUUUACAAUUUUAAGAGCUCAAUACAACAAAAUGUCUAUUGAGUGUUAUAAUCAAUUCAUUAUCAGAACCGAAAAUAACCUAAUAUCUAAUCCUAAAUUAUUUUGGAAUUAUUUAAAUUCUUCUAAGGAAAAAUCUGUAUUACCAAUGGAAAUGUCACUUGACACAAUAACUGCUUGUAACAGUGAGGAUAUUGCGAAUCUGUUUGUGCGAUUUUUUGAUUCUGUUUAUGGUGUUGAUGAUAAAGAUAAACAUAAUUUUGAAUUUGUUGAGGAUGUGGAGUUAAAUGUAACGCACAUAACUAAGAAUGAAAUUUUGGCUAAAAUAAGAAAAUUGAAUACAAAAAAGGGUCCAGGAGUCGAUGGUAUUCCGUCAUCUUUUAUGAAGUCAUGUAGCUCCUCGAUUAUUGAUCCAUUAUUUUAUAUUUUCAAUUCUUCUCUGAAAAUUGGCUACUUUCCUGAAAUAUGGAAAGAAGGUAUUAUUGUCCCUAUUUAUAAAAAGGGUAAUAAAUCAAAUGUAAAAAAUUACAGGCCAAUUGUAAUUCUUAAUGCAAUACCAAAACUUUUCGAGAGUAUUUUUUAUGAUAGAAUGUUCUCGGCAUUUGAAAGCAUUUUAAUCGAGGAGCAGCAUGGUUUCAGGAGAGGUCGCUCUACAGUGACUAAUCUUUGCGUGUACACACAAUAUUUGACCGAAGCUUUGGAGGGCGGUAAGCAGGUUGAUGCAGUUUAUACUGACUUCUCUAAGGCUUUCGAUAAAGUUAGUCAUUCUGUUUUAAUAUCUAAACUCGAAGCAUAUGGUGUAUCAGAGAUGACCUUACGAUGGCUUCGCUCCUAUCUUCAUAAUAGAUCUCUUGUGGUUAGAGUAAAGGGUCAACUGUCUGCUAAAAUAUUUCCAACGUCAGGGGUGCCACAGGGUGGCACAGACGUGGUCAGGCGAGAGCGUUGGAUGCAAAUGGCGUACUUUAUGCCCCGAUGUAUGGAAAUUGGCUUGUUUGCGCCUUAA